AUGAAAAUUUUUGUUAAAAAACUGAGCGGCUUAAAUUAUAUUGUUGAAGUUAAGCAUAAUGAAACUAUUGAUUCGAUUAAGCAAAAACUAUAUGAUCAGGGAUGUGGUCAUCCUCCUGAUCAACAAAUACUCUUUUUUGCAGCUGAGAAAUUGGAAGAUGAUAAUUUUUUUAAAAUGCUGACCGGCUCAAUCAUUUAUCUUGAAGUUGAAUUUUCUGACACUAUUAAAAAAGUUAAGCAAAAAAUACAAAAUAGGGAAGGUAUUUCACCUGAUCAACAAAGACUUUUUCUUGCAAACAAGAAAUUAGAAGAUGAUAAAACUUUAUCUAGGUACAAUAUUUAUAAUGAAUCAACUCUUCAUCUAGUAACCAGUCGGGAGAAGAUAAUUUUUGUUGAAACUCUGACCGGUUCAAUCAUUUCUCUUGAAAUUGAGUUUUCUGACACUAUUAGUCAAGUUAAGCAAAAAAUACAAGAUAAGGAAAGUAUUCCAUCUGAUCAACAAAAAUUAAUUUUUGCUGGUAGACAUUUAAAAGAUAGUAGAACUUUAUCUAAUUAUGAUGAAUCAACUCUUUAUCUGGCAACCACUCUGAGAGGCAGUAUGAAAAUUUUUGUUAAAGAACAGAAUGGCUUAAACUAUAUUGUUAACGUUAAGCAUGAUGAAGCUAUUGAAUCGGUUAAGCAAAAACUAUAUGAUCAGGG